GUUUUAGCCAUGUUUUAGCCCAGUGUCGAUUCACUUCUUUGGUUCUCUACUCACCAACCAACUCUCCUUGCUGUCUCACUUGCUGUGUCCAGCUAAUCCAUCACAGAACAGCGCAGGAGCGAUGUCAGAGAAGCACCAGACCAAUCUGUUCUCGCGCUACGAGCAGCAGCUGCUGUCCGGCGACACGUCCAGGCCGAGCGUCAUCCCCGCGGUGGUGAUCACGGGCUUCCUGGGCAGCGGCAAGACCACCCUGGUGCAGCACAUCCUCAGGAACAGGGGCUCCCUGCGCAUUGCGGUGCUGGUGAACGAGGUGGGGCACAUCGAUGUGGACUCGCAGCUGCUCAACGCCAAGCAGGGUAACGCGGCUCUGGGUAUGCCCGCCUCCGACCUGUCUGGCGGCUGCGUGUGCUGCUCGCGGUGGGAGGACCUGCAGGCGGCGCUGAGGCGGCUGAGGGAGCCGGGGGCGGCAGGGGGGGCAGCAGGGGGGGCAGCAGCAGCAGCCGGCCCGCCCUGCGACUACUUGCUGGUGGAGACCUCCGGCGCUGCCGACGCGGGCCGACGCGCUGGUGGCUGGCGGCUUCCGGCUGAAUGCGGUGGUGGCGGUGGUGGAUGCGGAGGCGGGGCGGGAGGCGCUGCAGCUGCCGGUGGCGAGGGCGCAG